AUGGGAGACUGGGGCCUUCUGGGGAAACUAUUGGAGAAUGCACAGGAGCACUCCACGGUCAUUGGCAAGGUCUGGCUGACAGUCCUGUUCAUCUUCAGAAUCUUGGUGCUGGGAGUUGCUGCGGAGGAUGUGUGGGGAGACGAGCAGUCAGACUUCACCUGUAACACGCAGCAGCCGGGCUGCGAGAACGUCUGCUACGACAAGGCCUUCCCCAUCUCCCACACCCGCUUCUGGGUGCUCCAGAUAAUCUUCGUGUCCACGCCCACCCUCAUCUACCUGGGGCACGUGCUGCAUAUCGUGCGCAGGGAACAGAAGAAGAAAGAGAGGGAAGAGCAGCUGAAGGGAGACAGUGACCAUGGCCAGGACAGGCCCCCAGUACGGGAUGACCGGGGCAAGGUCCGCAUUUCCGGGGCCUUGCUCAGGACCUACGUCUUCAACAUCGUCUUUAAGACGCUCUUUGAGGUGGGCUUCAUCGUUGGUCAGUACUACCUGUAUGGCUUUCAGCUGAAGCCUCUCUACCGAUGUGACCGGUCGCCCUGCCCCAACACCGUGGACUGCUUCAUCUCCAGGCCCACGGAGAAGACCAUCUUCAUCAUCUUCAUGCUGGCCGUGGCCGGCCUGUCCCUCCUUCUCAACGUGCUGGAGCUCUACCACCUCGGCUGGAAGAAGCUUAAACAGGGCAUUACCAACCACUUUAGCCCAGACGCCUCUGAAUUCAGGAUGAGGGCCUCAAAUGCUGGGGGUGUGACCCCACCCCUCUCCCACUCUUUUUCAGGUACCAUGGGGUUCACACCUUACUACACUCACUCUGCCUCUUCCCCGGAACAGACCGUGACCACAGACAGUCCCAGGGUCCCUACCGCGUCACCAGACUUCGCCAUGAGAGCACUGUCACGGUGGAGAGGCCUCCCUGACAUGUUAUAUGACAGCAGCCACAACCUUCUAAUGGCAGAGCCAAACUGGGGGGUGGCCAAGCAACAGAUUUCUGGGAGGAAGGCCUUCCUGCCAGUGUCCACGUCUUCCUCCUUGACCCCUACAGGCAGCCCACCACCACACCCUCGCGAGGGCAGAGCAGGCAGCAAAGAGCCUGUCCUGUUGGAGCAUGUGGACAGCACCAGCCUGGAAGACAGCAGAUUGGAAGUGACCCCAGACGAGGGGGAGCCUGCAGCAGUGACCACCGAGGUGGAGAUGCAUGUGCCACCUUUGCUCCCCACUGACCCCAGACCGCCAAGCAAGGUCAGCAGUUCCAGCAGCAGUCGGGCCAGACCCAGUGACUUGGCCAUCUAG